AAACCAGUAAAUCAGGACACUAUAAAAAGACCAUAAGAGGCUGUGGGGCUGGCAGAGCAAGAGCUAGACGCAAACAUCUGUGGAGAAUGAAGGGUUUAUUAUGUGUACUGCUAUUGUUGGGAAGCUUUGUGUUUGUGGUACAGCAGCAGGUAGAUGGAGGGCUCAGUGAGAAUGAGAUCAAUCAUCAUCUUAGCUCUGAGGACAGAAGACAGAAUUCACCUCAAACACACACUUCAGAUGACAGCCAAGAAUACAGCCCUCUGAGCUUCUCUGACAUCCACGCAGCCCUGAGAGAACUGACCGCCACCGUCACAGAGCAGAAAGCCAACAUCAGAGCUUUAGAAACACAGCUGAGGGAACAACAGACGCUCCUCCAGGAAGAGAAGAACAAGAAAAAUGAUGCCAGAAAGAUAGCUUUUUCAACUUCACUGAUGCGAUAUACCGGCGGACAGAUUGGUCCUUCAAACACUGAUAUCCCACUAAUCUACAGGAAUGUUUUCACAAACAUAGGAGACGCCUACAACCCAGAUACUGGUUUGUUCACAGCCCCGCUGAAAGGAGCGUACAUGUUUCAAUUCACUAUCGUUAGUUUUGAUCGAGUAUAUCCAUCAACUGCCAACAUUAGGAAGAAUGGAAACCAUAUAGUUAUAGCAGAUAUUGACCAAGGCGGGCGUGUGUUACACUCCUCAAACUCGGUCGUGUUGAUCCUGGAGGUUGGAGAUGUUAUCUCUGUGACACUCUGGCCUAACCGCGUUAUUCAGGAUAACCCGGGUAAUCAUAACACUUUCAGUGGUUACCUACUGUUUCCGUUAGAAUAGGAGCUUUGCAGAAUCAUCCUGAACACAGUCAGGAGUAUGAAGUACUUUCUGUAGAUUGAGUUCACUGGAAGCACUCCAGAGUUACACACAAGUAGCACAGAACACAAAAAAAUUAUUAUGUUUUUGGCCAUAUUGAUUAGGCUACCAUUUUAAUAACCACAGUUGUACAAAUACCAUGGUUAAACUAUGGUUAGUGUAUUAAUCACUUUAAUACAAUAGGCUAUGGUUAAUUUUUGUAAGGGAAGUUGUAAAGGUAAAUUAGCCAGCGUAACCUUUCACUAGCCUACAGUAAUUGUGUAUUUCUAGCUUUUUAAGCCUUAUAAUAUGCACACAAAAAAAGCGAAGGACUUCGUAUGAUCUGGAUGUUAAAGUAAACAAUAAUCUCACCUGUCAGAGCAAAAAUGUAUAAAUAUGUCUUGUAUGUGUAUGUUGUCUGUGCUACGUUUCAAUUUUUGGUUGUGUUGUAUUUCCAGCAUGUGUGUUGUCAAAUUGAUGAUGUUUUCUUAAUUUUUAGAUUUUUUUAUUUUUAUUUGCAUGUGUUUUGUUUUUUCAUUAGCAGUGUAUUGAGCUCUCUCAGCCACCGUAUAUUCAAUUAUAUUAUAGAUCUGACAGCAAUGACACUAUUAAAUAACUGAAAUGAGCAGGUCAGUGACAUUAUCAUUUUCUCCAGAGCUACUGUACUGAUGAAAUUAACCAAAUGAACAUUUAAUGAUUAUUAAUGCUGAACUGAAUCAACUGACUUACUGUUAAACAAUGACAAAUUGACAUGAACAAUGCAUAAUUUCGCUAAUACCACUGUAAAGCUGCUUUGAAACAAUCUUUAUUGUGGAAAGUGCUUCAUAAAUUAAGGACUUUAAUUAACCCAGCUGUUCUAAAACAAUGUACAGAUGUUUUCUGUCAAAGAGCAAGUCUAAACUGGGCUUGAGGCUCUAUCUAUGCAGGUUAAUGUAUUAAGAUGAAUCACAGCGUGGUGCUGUCCCGAAACACUGUCUGCAGCCUCAGGUUAUGGUCAGGAGAUGUGAAAAAUUGCUGUUUUUGCUUAUGUUGUCUGAAUGGUUUGCCCAAAAUAAAAUUAAAUAAAAAGGAAAAUCUCUAUUUAUUUAUUUUUUAAUUCAGUGCAACAUAUCAACUCGAGCAAUAUCCAGUUUUCCAUUAUUUUGAUUUAUUUAGCCUAACCUGCAAUUUACAGCAUAAGUAAACAGAAUUUACAUUGAUGCUUUUUUGUUAUUAUAGUGUACCUAUUCAGUCCCUCCGUGUAGGUACAGUACAGAGCAAAAGUUUGGACACCUUCUCAUUCAAAGAGUUUUCUUUAUUUUCAUGACUAUGAAAAUUGUAGAGUCACACUGAAGGCAUCAAGGGCUAUUUGACCAAGAAGGAGAGUGAUGAUGACCUGGCCUCCACAGUCACCGGACCUGAACCCAAUCCAGAUGGUUUAGGGGUGAGCUGGACCGCAGACAGAAGGCAAAAGGACCAACAA